GCUAGCACACAAUUAGCAUGUAAAUGAACCUUAUAAGCGUCGUCAAGUAUCGGUAAAAAGUCAUUUUAAAAAACACAGGCGUGUAUUAUGCUGUGUUGUGCUGUAUCUUUCAUUCAUUCGUUAAAACGUAGUAAAGUGCUUUGCUUGAUUUGGACCGGUUUGUCAGGGCCGAACACUCCCUUCCAUGGGAUUUAAAUCGAGGAGACAAAGGGAGCGAGGGAGAGAGAGCAUCGCUUAAGUGAGAGAGGGAGUGAGAGAGAGAGUCCUCCAUCCUUACUAGUGGGAGGUUUUUUGAGAUGCGCAUCUUGCCUCCUCCUCCCUAAUUCGUUCGGUCUCUCCUCCCCUCUUUCUCGCUUGAGCCACCUUUUAGCUUGGCAACCUGCUUCGGAGCCCAACGGAACAUCUGGCGGCCUCCGGUCUCCUGUCAACGGGGCAAUGCUGCGCUAGCUAGCCGCCGUCUGCGCACUUCCUGCCGGGGUCGCUUUGUGCUGAGGAGUGGGGGUGGGAUGUAGAGAAGAGAGGCGGACCAGCGCCGCUGCUCUGCUCUGCUCUGCCCGUCGCCGAGCGGCCUUAGCCCAGGCUUUCUCUCUCUCACGUACAAGAUGUCGACAAGGACGCCAUUGCCCACGGUCAACGAGCGGGACACGGAGAAUCACUCGUCAGUGGAUGGCUUCACAGAGCCCCCGGUGCCCCCGACAAAGUCUGCGAGUCGCCACAGCCUCCCGCGAUGUCGCAACUCCUUCACUUCCACGGAGGAGCACCCCCACAUCGGGAAUUAUCGCCUCCUCAAGACCAUCGGGAAGGGGAAUUUUGCCAAGGUGAAGCUGGCACGACAUGUCCUGACGGGACGUGAGGUGGCAGUGAAGAUUAUAGAUAAAACCCAGCUGAAUCCCACCAGCCUACAGAAGCUCUUCAGGGAAGUGCGAAUAAUGAAGAUACUGAAUCAUCCCAACAUUGUCAAAUUAUUUGAGGUGAUUGAAACGGAGAAGACGCUCUACUUGGUGAUGGAGUACGCCAGUGGCGGGGAGGUCUUUGACUACCUGGUGGCCCACGGCAGGAUGAAGGAGAAGGAGGCCAGGGCCAAGUUCAGGCAGAUUGUGUCCGCUGUGCAGUAUUGCCACCAGAGGAGGAUAGUUCACAGGGAUCUGAAGGCCGAGAACCUGCUCUUGGAUGCCGACAUGAACAUCAAGAUUGCCGACUUUGGCUUCAGUAACGAGUUCACCGUCGGCAGCAAGCUGGACACCUUCUGCGGUUCCCCGCCCUACGCCGCCCCUGAGCUCUUCCAGGGGAAGAAGUACGACGGACCCGAGGUGGACGUGUGGAGCCUCGGGGUCAUCCUCUACACGCUGGUCAGCGGAUCCCUGCCCUUCGACGGACAGAACCUAAAGGAGCUGAGAGAAAGGGUCCUGCGGGGAAAGUACCGCAUCCCCUUCUACAUGUCCACCGACUGUGAAAACCUGCUGAAGAAACUACUGGUGCUCAACCCGGUCAAACGUGGCAGUCUGGAGCAAAUCAUGAAAGACCACUGGAUGAAUGUCGGUCACGAGGAGGAGGAACUAAAGCCGUACACUGAGCCAGAGGCCGACUUCAGCGACUCAACCAGAAUAGAGCUCAUGGUGACGAUGGGCUUCCCAAAAGAUGAGAUCACCGAGUCCUUACAAAACCAGAAAUAUGAUGAUGUCAUGGCCACUUACCUGCUGCUUGGAAGAAAAGCUCCGGAGUUUGAGGGGAGCGAGCCCCUGACCAACAGCGUCCUGGCUCAGCGGCAGCGGCCGACCAGCGACAUCAACAACGGCUCCAGUAUUUCUCCAGCCCAUCCAAAAGUCACACGGAGCAUCUCGGCCAAUCAGAAGCAGCGCCGCUACAGUGAUCAUGUGGGCCCGUCGGUGCCGCCGGCCAUGUCCUGUGCGCGGCGUGGUCAGGCUCUGAGCGUGGAGAGCGACCACCGGGAGGAGUGGGACGGAGCCCGUCGGCUGGAGCUCAGUACUUCCAAAGGGGAUGUUCCCGCCUCACCGCUGGGAGUGCAGGAGCGGAAGAAAACAACAAGUAGUGUGGGGACCAACGGCUCAAUGACUCGGAGGAACACGUACGUGUGUGAGCGCUCCUCCACCGACCGCUACUCGGCGAUUCCCAACGGCAAAGACAGCAGCUUAACCGAAGUAUCGGGCAGCACCCCGUCCACCGCAGUCACCUCCACGCGGCCUCGCCACAUCAAGUCCAUGUCAUCUUCAGGACACCCGUCAAAGAGCACACUGCCCCCCAUCGAUGACAACACCGAGCUGAAAUCCAGCCCCUCCCCGCGUGGGCCCUCCACCUCGCCCUCCGCACACAGUAUUAGCACGCCGGAGAAGAACCGCUUCCCGCGCGGCACCACCAGCCGCAGCACCUUCCACGGGGCUCAGCUGCGAGACCGCCGCAGCGCCACCUACAACGGGCCCCCGGCCUCGCCCACGCUGUCCCACGACACGGGAGCCCUCGCUCAGCAGCGGCGAGGGACCUCCACCGGCAUCAUCAGCAAGAUCACCUCCAAGUUCGUACGCAGGGCUCUGUCUUUCAGGUCCACUCGGAGGGUGCCCAGCGAGGGGGAGGCCAGCGCCAGGACGGAAGCAACCAGGAGCACGUCGGGCGACACCAAGGAGGACGGCAGCCGCGACUCCAAGCCGCGCUCCCUGCGCUUCACCUGGAGCAUGAAGACCACCUCCUCCAUGGAGCCCUCGGAGAUGAUGCGGGAGAUCCGCAAGGUCCUGGACGCCAACAGCUGCGAUUACGAGCAGCGUGAACGCUUCCUGCUCUUCUGCGUGCACGGCGACGCCCGCCAGGACAACCUGGUGCAGUGGGAGAUGGAGGUGUGCAAACUCCCCCGCCUCUCGCUCAACGGCGUGCGCUUCAAGAGGAUAUCGGGUACGUCCAUCGCCUUUAAGAACAUCGCCUGCAAAAUUGCCAACGAGCUCAAACUGUGACGGCACGUUCGGCGGAGCGGACUGUUGAGACGCCGUGGUCUCGUCACUGGAUUCCCUCAGCACUGAACGUCCUCGCUGCGCAUCGCCAGGGUGGCCCGGGCUGGCGGCGUGCAAUACUGGCCACGAAUGUACUCGCUGCGAAGGAGGACGUCCUUCAACUUUCCCUCUUUUAUUUUAUUUCCCGUCCUCCGUCCACGCCCUCAUCGACAUGCAGUACGCAGCUGAACAUCCUGCAAUAAUUUUAUUUCUUUUGUUGUUUUUUUUUUUUUUUCUCCAAACAAGAUCCUCGCUGAACUGCAAGCUCGACUCGCCGCUUUUCCACCCGCGUUACGUAAUACGUCAGGCUGGAGCUCCUACUAAAAAGCCUGUGAAAAGAAUUGUACUGUAUGCAUAACAUCUGCAGGUACUGUAUAUUCCAUUCCUUUGUUGUGUACAGGAUUGUCAUUUCUCUGCUAAUAUUAUUCACCUCUUUUUUUAUCCUUGGUUGAUGUGUGAGGUGCGUUCAAGAGCCACCGAAUAGUGGAUUUUCAUUUCAUUUCAUUCGGAAGAAGAAGUCUCGAGUCACAUUCACUUUAGUUUUCCCCUUUCAGCAGCAGGGGGCCUCGUGGAGACUCCCGCUGCACUUGCACAACUCUUUAGACCCUAUGCACCUGCUGUCCCCCCCCCCCCCCCCCCUCCAUGCAUGGAGGGCGGGCUGAGAAGAAGAGGCUUGAUUGAUGGUGCAGGUGCUUGUGUGUCCAUCCUUUUUCUUUUCCUCUUUCGUUCCUUUUUUCAGUUCAGCAGAUUCUAUUGUAUUUAUUCCAUUACCUUGUCAUGUGCUGCUUUGUAGAAAUGAGGUGUGCACUUUGUCGGAAGAAAA